AUGGAUCCAUUGAAUUUAAUAGAUGGCGAAGAUACACAGGACAUCGACCUCAAGAUGAUGCUCGAUGUUAAACUGUAUGAUGCAAGAGGAAACAUCGAAAUGAUCACAAAAGGCUGGGAACAAAAGAUCGCAGAAGAGAAAGAAGAAGGAAAGAUAAGACUCCAGCAGCUCGACGAUAAGUAUGAAGUUGAAAUGAGAAAAGAUAAUGCACAGAGAUUCAUAAAAAAUCCAGAUGGUUCCGUAAUUUAUCGACCAUCCAUUCCAAAGACGGCUGCAGGGCGAAGGGAAGACGUCUAG